AUGCGGCUCAACCUACUGUUCUUUUUGACAAUAGUCAGCAUCACAUCAUCAGAAAACACCGACGAUAAGCCGGCCGAUCACCGAAAAUGGCGACUAAUCCCGUUUGCGCGUGGAAUACGGACGGCCAAAGCUAAAGUACAAACUACAGAAAUGGAACCAACCGAAUUUUUUCCGAGUUCGGAACAACGCUGGGUGCAGCCCCGGGCGGUAGAAGUUCAUGAUCUGGAAAAGACGGCUGUGAAACCGGCUGAAAGGUUUCGACCGGUGAGGCCAGAGCGCAGAAGGAGGAAGAAAAAUAGCAGAAAGGAGAGGAGAAUCGAAUCCACACCCGAGGAGGAGAAAAUUUCCUGGCCUCCGGUGACGACUCCAAAAAGCCGGAUACAAUCGAAGAGGAAGCAUUUUGUCAUUGUUGCACCAUCGGCUCCAGACCCGACCCCGGAACCAAUUCUACCCCUCAUCAACACGACAACAAUACCAAAAGGUCCACCCCUCACCCAGCAUUCCCCCACUUUCCUAUCAACAGUCCUUCCUCGCAUGGAACGCUUGGCUUUUGGCGCACCGACCCGGGCCGUUGAUGAACCGGCCGAGGUGGCCGAGCUGGACGCCCUGCUACGAGACCUUCCUGAUGCCCAAGAAGGGGCAGGCCAAGAGAAGCGAGAGGUUGGUGGGGAUGAAGCGUUUCGGGUGAAUACAGAGGAUGGUGGAUCGACGGCGCUGGAGAUUUCGCCUGAGCAGCUGCCGGAAGAGUAUAGGAAGAUGUUGCGGAAAGGAUAUGUAUCGUAUCCUACUUUUAAUGCUGGGAACUACUCCAGAAAACCUCAAGCCCUUUUUGAGGCUAGUAUUCUGCCACCACCACAGUUGCAAUUCCAACAACCUCAAAAUCAACCCCAGCAGCAACCCAUGUUCAUGCCUCAGAUCCAGCAGCCACAAUUCGGCGGAUUUGGCCAACCCCAAUUGGCAAUCGGCCAGCCCCAACUACCAUCAAACUUCCAGCUCCCAGAUCCGAGGCUCAUCUCACAAAAUGGUUUCACAAUUCCUCAAAACACACCUCAAAACCAGAAUCAAGCCCUGUUGCUGAGGGCCCGCCAAAUGUUGGCGCUGCGGGAUCUGGAACUGCAACGAGCUAGACAGAUGUUGUUGCUCCAACAAACCCGACAAGCGCAGGCUCAGGCUCAAUUUAUGAGUGGACAACAACGGGUUGGGCGGGAGAUAGCUUCGGAGCCAGCUCCAGGGCAAAUUAGCCCAUUGCUUAUGGCUGAGAUAUAUCGUCGUCAAAUAUUUGUUGCUCAACUAAUGGCUCAAGCUCAACAGCGAGCGGCCCUCGCCCAACAGCAACUCCCAGAUGGUUGGAGUUCGGUUGGAAAUCAAGGAUUCACCGUACCGCAAAAUAAUCCGUUCCUACAAUCGCAAGAUUUUUCUGGCGGUUGGCCAGAGCAACAACCUCAAAUCCCAACCGGACCAACCGCCAGCAUCACUCGAAACGGCCAACAAUUUCACAUCCCAGUCGUCUUCAAGCGCGGAGCCCCGCUUCAA